CAGAAAUUAUGCUAUACACCCGAAGGACUGAGUCUGAUGAAUUUUCAAGGAUAGUUCCUGCUUCUGACAAAGCUGCUCGGUGUGUAGUCGCAAAGAAUCACCUUACUCUGUACUUAGACCAUUUCUCGGAAUGGUGGAUUAUCUCCUUAAUCAGGAGAUACUUCAUCGGUAAAAGGCUCAUCUGUACGCCAUACGUUCCCCUAUCAACAUACAGAGACGAGUUGAACCGCAUCUAUCUCGUCAUUAAAGACGACUUCUACGGCAUGAAAGAGGAUACCAUACGAGACUACCAGGUAGCCUUUCUUGGUGAGCAGUACUGUGUAUAUUGGGGAAAAGGACCCCUUUCUGUAAGACAUCUGGAAAACAAAGAGGAAGUGUCAAAGGAGGUAACAAUCCCAAUAUAGUUAUUAUAGUAUUGAUGACUGCUUUGAGAGAAAUAGUUGUUUUU